AUUCUGAUUUCCGGUUUCCGAGUGAACGGAGCACGUUUGUGUCAUGCUGCUUUGAGUACGAUUUUACGAAGAAAUUAGUUUCUUUUUACGUUUUAAAAAAAGUUUCGGAAUUUCGAAUCUCAUUGAAACGCGUAUAAAAAGCGGCGAAGAUGGAAAACGGACAAGAAAAGAAUAAUGUUGAAACUGCGACAAACGGUCCUACCGAGGUUAAAAACGAGAUGCCGGUUUCUACCGAGGAAAAUGCCGCCAAACAAACUUCCGAAGAACCAUCCAGCGAACUCUUGGAAAAGAUAAAAAGACAAGUUGAGUAUUAUUUUGGAGAUGUGAAUAUGCAGAGAGACAAAUUUCUCAUUGAACAAACAAAGUUAGAUGAAGGAUGGAUUCCUAUGACUAUUAUGUUGAAAUUUAAAAUGUUGGCCUCUAUGAGUCAAGAUGUUGAUGUUAUACUAAAAGCCUUGGAAUCAAGCGAACUUAUGGAAAUAUCCGAAGAUAAGAAAAAGAUUCGUCGUUCUCCAAAGCAUCCUUUGCCGGUAUAUAACGCAGAAUACAGAAAGGCACAGGAAGCUAGAACAGUAUAUGCAAAAGGAUUUCCUUUACAAGACACUACUAUUGAAAAACUUACAACAUUUUUCAAUGCUUAUGAACCAGUUGAAAAUGUCGUUAUGAGAAAGUAUCAAGAUAAAGAGAAAGAGUUCCAUUUUAAAGGUUCUAUUUUCAUACAGUUUAAAACUCUAGAAGAUGCAAAAGCCUUUAUGGAUAGGGAAUCUGUAAAAUAUGGAGAUACUGAAUUGGUUAGGAAGUGGUCUUGAAAGAAGAAUGUAACAAUAGUGACGAAGAAGAAGAAAGUGAUAAGAUUACUCUAUUACCAAAGGGUUGUGUAAUUCAUUUUUCUGACGUACCUAAUGAAUGUUCAAGGGAGAAUAUUAAGGAACGUUUAGGUCAACUUGGUGCAAAUGUUGCGUUUGUUGAUUUUAAAAUAGGUGAUAAGGAAGGAUGGGUUCGACUGCAAGGAGAGAACACUGCAAAGACUGUAAUUGACAAAAUGAAUGAAAACAAAAUAAUAAUAAACGGUAAAGAUGUUACAUGUCGCGUCUUGGAGAGCGAUGAAGAAGAAAAAUAUCUCAUAAAGGUAAAAGAACAGAUGGCAAAUAGUAGGCAAAAAUUUACCAAAGGGAAAAAAGGCAAAAAAGGUCGCAUCACACGAGGACAAAGGAAAAGACAUAGCAAUGAUGGUGCUGAUAUAAUUCCCACUAAAAAGGGAGCUGCUGAAUAGUUUAGAAAAGUUAUUUAAUUUCGAAAAAAUAAAACUGUUCUAUACCCUGCUACACAUGUAUAUUAAUCAUAUUUUUAUUAUACACAUACUUAUGUAUAAACUAUGAAGAUAGACGUUACAUUACUAUGUAUUCAAAAUAGGUAAAUUUACUUUAAGAGUAUAUUUCUUGAUACUCUAUCGAGCGGUGUGUAUAAUUUGAAAAGAUAAAAGUACAUCACCGUUUAUAUUUGUAAAUUGUACAUUAUUUUGUAGUCCCACAUGUAACUUAAUAUAUUCAAUUAUUUUACAGUGAAAUUUAUAAAGAUGUUUCCAUUAUUUAAAUUUGUUAUACGCUCAAUAAUAGCAUUUACGAUUCGUUUUAUUCGCAAAGAAUAUUUGACGAAUCUUUAUUUUAUUUUAUUUUAUUUUA